GGAUUCCAAAGAUUGAGUUAGGCGAAAAGAAAAAUUGGAAAAUAGGCGCAUUUCGCAAAAUUAACAAAGAAAAAAAUGACACAAUUUGACCUCCAACUCAGUACCUUGUGGCGGUCGACCCGGCGGGUGCGUGCGGCCCGUUUUUCUCACCGGGUCAGGGUCAAAGUGGGUCAACCCGCGGGUUGACAACCUUGCUUCCAAGUCAGUAUCAUGUUGCCAAGUCAAUAUUACUAACAAAAUUGCUAACUAUAAGUUAACAUUUGUCUAAUUUUUAGUAAUUCUAUAUAUUUGGCUAAUAAAAAAAAUUUGAAAAAAUUUGGCUAAUAAAUAAUCAUUACUCUAGAAUAAUUUGUAGCAUGUUUCCAAGUCAAUAUUACUAACAAAAUUGCUAACUAUAAGUUAACAUUUGUCUAAUUCUUAGUAAUUUUAUAUAUUUGCCUAAUAAAAAAAAUUUGAAUUUUUUUUGCUAAUAAAUAAUCAUUACUCUAGAAUAAUUUGUAGGUAUUUGAAACAUUACUAUUUCUGAAAUGAUUAGACAACAUGGGCGACUCUAGGCUAUACCUCUGUUUUUAGGUGUAAUGUAUGUAGUUAUAUAACAAUAAACAAUAGAUAUCACUUUUCUCUUUUGCUUUUAAUAUAAAAGGUAACACAUACAAAAAGUUAAGAUAUAAUGGAACAGAAAUAAACACAACAAUCACAUCAAAAUUAUUUGAACAAUUUCAUUAAAAGGUGAGACUUAAUUAUAUUCUGAGUGAUAGUUUGUGCCACAUCAAACAAAUAACAUUCAUAUUAUCUGUGCACUAAAUUUUUUUAAAAAAUCAUUGUGAACAAUAUACGUAUUGUAAUAAUCUCAAUCAAACUAUAACCAAAAUCAAACCAAUCCGAACUUACCUAAUGGGAGACAUUGCCUGUAUAAUGCUUAGGGACGGAUACAUUAAUAUUGUCCUAUUGAAGGAUAGAUUCGAUAUGCAGGAGAGGGUCUAUAAGCUCAUGCAUACCAAAGAAAAUGUUUAGAAUGUGUUUCGAGAGCCAGUUUGCAACUCUAAGGCUACGUCCUCUUCAAGUUCGACUCUCCCACAACUCAAGAUCAAGCCAACUGGCCAUCACCAGCUAGCUAAUAAAUGACCGGAGAAUUGACUGGCCGGCCGCCAAAAAGAGACCGUCCCUUUCGUCGGAAAAUGGACGCAUUUACAUGUAUAUAGUAAUAGCAUGCAUGUAACGUGUAGUUGAUAGAAGUGACACCUUGAAAGCGAUUUGGGAUCCCAAAAGUUGUGAAAGUUUGCCAUCAAUAUUAAAUCACUCACUUGGAAACAAAAGUCACUUGCUCAUCUCUCUCUAUCGAAAACGAUUGUGCAUCUCCUAAGCAAUACUUCUCUUUCCUUCUUUUCGGCCUUACUAAGAUUCGCGGUGAGGAAUGCAGAUAAGUGGAUGCGUCAAGUUGCAAACUAGGUCACUCUUUUUCAGACCUAUUCAGAUUUUCCAACCACAUUCAAUCACUCAAUUGGAAACAAGAGUUACUCGUCUCUCUAUUGGAAACGAUUUCGAUCUCUUAAGCAAGACUACAUUUUUUCCCCUUUCUUUUCGGAAUUCCUAUAUCCUUCGAGUCGUGAACUAGAUCGCGAACUUUCAAACAUAUUCACGUUUCCAACCGCAUUGAAUCACUCACUUGGAAACGAAAGUCACUCGUAUAUAUCUCUGUCGAAAGCGAUUGUGAUAUUUUAAGCAAGACUUGUUUUUCCCCUUCUUUUAGGCCUUCCUUUGAUUCAUGGUGAGGAAUGCAACCAUAUUCAAUCACAUUUCCAACCAUAUUCAAUCACUCAGUUUGGAAAUAACCGGUGGUUGAAUAAUAAUGAAUCGUUACUUAAUCAGCACAUCAUCAUCAUGAACGUGCUUUUGUCUCGCUUUAUGGUCAUUUUCAUCUCAAUCAAGAAAUCAAGAAAAUCAAUUAAAGACCUUUCAAUAUAGUUCCAUCAACAUUGAAAGGGAAUUGUGUUUUCCCUUUUCAAAUCACGGUUGGACCGUAGUUGAGGUGGUAGGGGAGCCUUCAAUGUUAAGAUUCGCCUUUGACCCGAACUAUACCAUAUACCACCAAAUACGCACAUUCAGAAGAUAUAUGUUACACAAAUAACUCGAAAGCAAGACAUUUUACAACCGCGAGACGUGGCUCAUGUUCUCUCGGUUGAGCAAUUAUGGAGGAAAUUCGGCUGGCGAUAUCCUCCUUUUUCCUUCUUUCUUUUAUUGUGCAUUUAUUUCCUACAGGUACAACAAGGAUGUCCAUCUAGUGAUUCAAAAUGCGUGUAUCGUAUGAAUACUAUAUACCAUAUGUAUCAAGGUUCUAAGGUUGCAAGGCAUUAGUCCCUAGACAGAAACUAUCCAAAUCCAAUUCGGUUGGUUCGACCGCGGUUCAUAAGAUUUAGAGGAACACGCUCGAGAAGCCAGUUAUUCGUAAUUUUGUACAUACCCGACAUAUCAUGUAUUUUAAACCACAGGUUAAUCUUGACAGCUAUUAGGAUUUAAACAUGUGAGCUUAAAUACAAACUAUCUCCGAUACCGCAUGUCAUAAUUUUUUCCAGAACCUCCUGUAUCUGUUGCUGUGUCAUUGAACUACUUCAUGGGACGGCUCCAACAUGCCAAUACUAGGAAAAUAUCGAACACAACCUUAGGAAGCUCAUCCCCACUUGAAAAUGGCUUUACUAUAAUCGCUUCAUUAAGACAAUUUUGACUAGAUAUUUUUUUUGUCCUAAACCCAAAAAAAUGUUAAUAAGAUUGUUUGAUUUUUUUAUUUUAUUUUUAUGGUUUGUGUUUUGAUGGUUCAUUCCAAAGUGCCGAACGAAUCUACCCAGCAGCCACAUUUGGAAAAUGAGCCAAAAGAGGCAUUGUGAUGGUAAAGUAUCUCUUUUUCUUUAACAAGACGUUUUGGCCAUAUAAUGAAUCGUUCUAGAAAGCAUAUGCCAUAUGACCAAAAUUAUAUGCAUGCGAAUCGCUGGGUUCGACCUGUUUAUAAGAUUUGGAGGAACGCAAAGUUUGAUUUAUUAUUCGUAACUCCGAUAACGGAGUCAUAAAUUGUGAUAAAAGGAUCGAUUUGAACUCUGGUUCCACAUGUUUAUAUGCAUAUAUUUUUUUAGCAAUACCUUGUGGUUACUGGUUAGCCUCAGAAACCUCAUUUAUCGCACGCUCAUGUUCGUGCUAGUUCUUUAUAAGCGUGAAAUGUGCUAAACAAUUUUAUAAUACCUCUUAACUAUUACGCGUGAAUACUAUCGCUCGCAUGAUCGCAUACACAUAAAUCGAGUACUUCAUAUUGAUCAGUACAGAAUUGCCAAAACAAAAAGUAUAAACAUCAAUAACGUAGACUUGAUCUUAUCGACUUGAUUAUAGAUAACUUGCCGUGUCACAAAACUACACUCUCUAGUAAACACAAAUGAAAUAGUUCACAUGUCAUUUUGAUUGAAAUCAAAUAGUCACAUCGAAUCAAACAAUAUGUCAAAGUUGGGAUAUCUCGAUCUCUCUAUACCAAUUACCAAUCAAUCUUCAACAUAUAUAUAAAUGAGUGGACUCUUCAUCAAACACACAACACAUCCACAACUUGACAAAUUAAACCAUCAUAAUACACAUAAACCAAAGCCUAGCUACUUCUUCUCCAACACACACCAAAACAAUAACAAAGCUUUAAUUUUCAUUAUUAUAUGGGAGGAGCUUCACCGACGGCGAAGUUCAAUGAUGGCAAGAAGGCGUAUGGAGCGGUGGUGCUGAUACAGCUGAUCUACGCCGGAAUGUUCCUCCUCUCCACGGCGGCGCUCGACGGCGGCUUCAAGACUUCCAUCUUCGUCUUCUACCGGCAGGCCUUGGCCGCCGCCCUCGUCGUCCCUCUCGCCCUUUUCUUCGAAUGGAAGCACGCGCCGCCGCUCUCCCUGCCCACCUUCUGCAAGAUCUUCGCCCUCUCCCUCUUCGGGAUAACGUUGAGCUUGAACGUAAAUGGGAUAGCUUUGAUCUACACUUCAGCCACUUUGGGUGCUGCUUCUGUUAAUACCCUGCCAGCCAUUACGUUCUUCUUGGCUCUUCUAUUUGGAAUGGAGACAUUGAAGGUGAGGACAAAAUCAGGGAUGACAAAGCUAGGUGGGAUAGUGAUAUGCAUGGGAGGAGUAGCAGUUCUUGCUUUCUACAAAGGCCCCCAUUUCAAGGUUUUGUCCCUCUUUAAACAUGAUGAUGACCUCCAUGGAAAUGACCUUAGAUCUCAACACGCUAGCUCUUCUCAUAAGAACACAUGGGUGAAAGGUUGUUUCUUGAUGCUCUUCUCCAACCUCAGCUGGGGCUUCUGGCUCGUCUUUCAGGCAAUACUUCUGAAAAGCUACCCAUCAAAGCUUUUAUUCACAGCUCUCCAAUGCUUUCUGAGUUCGAUCCAGUCCUUGGUGGUUGCAGUUGCCAUUGAGAGAAAUCCCCAGGAGUGGAAGCUCGGCUGGAAUAUGAGACUCAUGACUGUCACUUACUGUGGAGUUGUGGUGACUGGCGUGACAUAUUAUUUGCAAGCAUGGGUUCUAGAGAAGAAAGGUCCAGUCUUUUUAGCCAUGUCAACUCCUUUGGCUUUGAUCUUCACAAUGUUGUUUUCUGCAAUACUAGGCGACUUCAUCAACCUUGGAAGUGUAUUGGGUGGAAUGCUGUUGGUUGGAGGACUUUAUAGUGUUCUAUGGGCAAAAGGAAAAGAAGAAAAUAUGACGAUUGCUGAAAAUAUUGAUGAGAAGAUGAAGACUACACAAGUGGAAAAGCAGAGCUUGAAGCUUACACAAGUUGUUACAAUCAUUAGCAUCCCCCAAUCACCAAAUGCCACAAGCCAAUGAAUCGAGUUGAGUUUUGAUGGGGAAAUUAAGACGACAUAUGUAACAAUCUCUAGUAAUUGCAUAGUUGCACCCUAAAAGCAUCCCUUUUCAUCAUAGGCACUUUGAUUUUCAACUAAUUGAUCACUACAAAAUUGUAAACAUACAUACUUGUAACAACAUAUGUUCACUUCACCUUUACCUUAAUUACCUUACGUUAUGGGCUAAGAUUAAUGAAUCAUUUUAUUGGGUUAAGAGUUUUGAAUUGAUAAGUCUACCUUUUGAUAUGUGGGAUACUGAUGUUUAGUUUCGAGCCCUGGGUUUGAAAAGUUGUUUCGGAAGCCCAAACUGAAAGCCAAAAAGGAGUGGACAUGGCUAGAAGGAAGGAGUCUUUCUUCUCUAGAAGCCAUGCUUGCAAGUAAUAGGUUACCCCAGUCACCACAACUCCUAAGUAUACACAUUCAUAUCAAACUAAUUAAUCACUAUUUGUUAAUGGAUAAACAUGAAUUUUUUUAAUGGUUAGUGUGGUUGGUGAUAUUUUGUUUUUUGUUCUUUUAUUAUCCGAACAGUUCAAUUUUUCGACAAAAAGUCAUUCAUAGUCUCCUAGAUCCAUGCUUAGCUGUCGUUGGUCAUAUUUUUUUUUAUACUUUUUAUACGAACCAUUAAUUCUUUCAAAAAAAAAAAAAAAAAAAAACAAUCACAUCGCACUAUUGUAUAUAUUUUCACGAUGUUUCUCUCAAGUUAAAAAUGGUGAUGAUCCUUAUCAUGUACUCAUGUUGGCUCGUUUUUGUCCACUAUCCAUUGCAACAUAUAGGUAGUCUUCUCCAAUACGAUUCCAUCCUCUAAUAGAGCAUGGAAGAAAUGGUUUCCCACAGCUUCUUCUAAAAGAAACUUGUUUUAUGUUUCCCAUUUUUCCUUAAGCAUGAAUUGCAUGUAGAUGAUGUGAAGAUCUUAAUUUCUCCAUCAAAACUUAACUCGACUCAUUGGUUUGUGAUGCUUGAUGAUCGGGGAUGCUAAUGAUUGUAGCCACUUGUUUAAGAUCUAAGCUCUCCUUUUCCACUUGUGUAGUCUUCAUCUUCCCAUCAAUAUUCUCAGCAAUCAUAUGGGGUCGUUUGGAUGGAUCAAUUGUAAAACGAGACAAUUUGACCAAUUGUUUCAUUUUACAAAACGAGUCAUUUAAAACGAGUCAAUUCAGAUUACCUGCCCCCACCCCAGACAAUUGUAAUUGGCUCAAAAUGAGUCAAUUCAGAAUUCCCCAGCCCAAAUUGCUUCAUCCAAAUUUUCUGCUGCCAAACGGAUCAAUCUAGCACAAUUGACUCAAAACGAGACAAUUGUGUCAGAUUGAUCCAUUAGAAUUCCUCAUCCAAACGAUCCUAUAUAAUCUUUUCUUCUUUCCCUUUUGCCCAUAGAACACUGUAAAGUCCUCCAACCAACAACACUCCACCCAAUACACUAUGGAAACACAUCACCAAACAAGAAGAAUGUUAAAUUGGAUUCACGAGUUGGUAAGAUUCUACAGUUUACUGCUCAAUAACUAGAUAGAUUUAUAUAUAAAUACACGUAUGUAUUCAAUUUCUUUUAGCUAGUUUUUGAAAGGUAAUCAAUCUUACGUUAGUUUGAAUGUCCUCAAUAAAUUGUGAUAUUCCAA